AUGAAUUUGACGGAUAAAUUGUCAAAUUUUAAUUUUGAAAAUUUUUUCCUUCCAUCAUCAUCAUCGUCAUCAUCAUCAUCACAGUCACAAUCCAGAUUAUCAUAUGGUACAACAAAAUUUCUUGCACCGGAAGCAAUAUAUUCACCAUUCAAUCCACAAUCAAUGAUUGAAAAUAUAUCGGCCAUACCAUUAGCAUAUGGUGAUUUUGAUUCAGAUAAAUUUACGGAUAUUUUUAUGCUUGGCAAUAAUGGUACCAGCAUUUAUCUAUUGAAAGGACAUUCAUGUGUUGAUGGUAAAACGGUGUUGACAUUUUUUGGUUCACGUCGUUGUUUAUCGAUUGUCCACGAUUUUCAUUGUCAUUUAUCAAAUAAUGUUUACAAUUUAAUUGCAUCUGAUUUUACUGGCCAUAUGCAUCAAGAUUUAUUGAUAACGGUGAAAUCAACGAAAUUUAAAUCACGUUAUGAUAUCAUACUAGUCAAUGGUAAUACAACAGCUGAAGAAUUUAAUUGUAAUGAACGAAAAAAAAUUCUAAUCAAUAAUGCAAAAAGUGAACCAUUCAUUUUGGAUUACAAUGGUGAUAUGAUCUCUGAUUUUAUUGUUGAAACCGAUGAUUGUUCAUUACAACUUGUACUUGGUGGCGUGACCGAUACUACUAUCGAUACAAUCGAUCAUUAUAAUAAUUUAACAAUCGAUUCAAAUCACGAACCAAAGAAUCGAUAUGUUUGUCUGUCGAAUUUAACAAAAAUCAAACAUUUAGCACAUCCACAUGCAAGUGGUUUUCUUAAUCUCAAUUCAUAUUUGAUUGAUAUGACUUCGGAUCUGUUCAUAAAUGGCCAAAAUGAAUUUGAAUAUAUUUAUAAUAUACCACAAGAAGGUUUUCAACCGAAUCAAAAUGGUGAAAAUCUUUAUUCAUUUCCAACUAUUGCCAGUAUACGUGGCCAAUCAUCAUUUGUUGAUCUGAAUUAUGAUGGAAAAUUAGAACAUCUGAUUCCAGUUUGUUUGGAUUCGGAUGCCAAAUCAUUUGCACAAUGUAAACAGCCAAAUUUAAUGGUUUUCGACAUGGAUACCGGUGAUUGGUUUUCAAUAUUGAAUACAACUGAACCAUUGGGUACAGAAUUUAAUCGUACAUUAACAUUUAUCGAUUCUCGUUUCUGUGAUUAUAUUGAAAUUCCUGUUACAUUACAUAUUGGUGAUAUUGAUUAUGAUGGUUAUCCAGAUUUUGCAACAAUAUUAUUCGAUCAACAAACUGAACAAACUGUUGCGGCAAUUUUUUUAAAUAAAAUGAUUGAUGGUGAAAAAAAUACAUGGAAUCGUAUAUUUCAAUUAGAUUGGAUCGGUGAAUAUACGGAAAAUGUUCGUAUGGUCAGCUUAUUCGAUAUAUUCAAUAAUGGAAGAUUAAAUUUGUUGAUAACGACGGAAAAUGCCCAUACGAAUCAGUUGACAUUACAAUCAUAUGAUUAUUAUGGAGAAAAAUCAUUAUAUUUUAGUUUUCUUCGUGUUAACGUUAUUUCUGGACUAUGUUCGGAUAAAACUGAAGAUCAUAAAUGUCCAAAUCAUUUAGCGUACGGUGGUACACCACCUGGUGCAAUGGUUUGUUUUGCUGGCCCAUAUACUGAUGAUCAUUGUUGUUCAGUGCAGAUGAGUCAAACGGCUCAUUUUGCUUUACAGCCACCAUAUAUUAUAUUUGGUUUAGGUGAUGUUUUGAACGUUAUAAAUGAUUUAUCCAUAUCGAUUGCAAAUGGUAAAAAUCCAUCACGUACACGUAAAUGGAAUGAAAUAAUACCUGGAUCAAAUUUGGUUAUAGUGCCAUAUGAACCGGAUCAAAUGAAAAAUUGGGAAUUACGUGUGUUCAUCAACAUGAGCAUAUAUUCAUUGGUCUCAUUAUCAUUUCUAUUGAUACUUGGUCUAAUAUUAACAUGUGCCAUAUCGAUAUUACAUUUUCGUGAAAAAGUUGAAGAUCGUAUCGAUAAUCAACAAUAUCGUAAUGCUUGGUUAUAAAAACAUUUUCGAAUUUGGCUAUACAUACGAUUAUUGUUGUCAUUCUGUAUGUAAUUAGUAUUUUUUUUGUAUUGAUUUUUUUUUAUAUUUUA